CACACCACCCACUCUUUCUAAAUCCCGUGUCAGCCUGGUAGUGAAGGGACCGUACCCAAAUACAUGCCAUGGCCUAAUCCCGACCGUUGAUUUCACAUCUCUACUAACUUAGCUUCACCCACCUUAAUUCCAGUACAACAAACAAACAACGGUCAUUUCCACCAUGGCUGUACGCAACACGAACCAGCCAUCCUUCAACUUCCUCACCGGCGAAGAGGAGCCUGCGCCUGCGCCUGCGCCAGUAGUUGCGAAACGAGAACCUCUACGCGAAACCUUCCGAACUACAUUGAGAGCCUCACAGAAUGCGCCACACACGGUUGUACCCUCCGAUCCUAUCAAUGAAGACCUCCGCGCGCAGCUCAAUACGCUGCGAUAUGAGCUCGAGACGGCGAAGCAGGAAAAGGAGAUGAUGAAGUUAGAGCACGCACAAGAGCUGCGAGACGCCCAGAACCGCGCCGACACCGACUUUCGAAAGGCCCAGCAAGUUGAGGCUUCGAGCACUCAAACGGCCAAGAAAUACGAGGCGCUUUCAAAGGAAAUGGCCGAACUUCAGACACGCACUGCAAACGAACGACUAGCAUUGGAGAGGCGAUUACGAGAGAGUCAAGAAAGAGCGCAAUCGAUACAAGAAGAGUUUGACGAAGUCAAAGAGGAAUUGUCGACUUCGCAACGCCAGAAUGACCACAGAUACAACACUCUACAGACCGAACACAAGAAACUCAAGGAAAGCAUGGAAGAGGUGCAGGCAGACUUACAAUCCAAAGUCAACGCGCUGCAGAAUACCCAACGAGCGCUCGCGGAAAAGGAAGAGGAGGUUGGACAGAAGGAGGCCGAAAUCCUGCGCCUCAAGGCUAUUACAGGGGACGCAGAGACGCUUGCAGUGAUCAAAAGGGAGCUCUCCGAUCAGGUUGCACAUAUUAAGAAGCUUGAAACCUUGACCAGGGAGCAGAAUGCCGAGCUGAGGCAAUACCGGAAACAGCACAAGGCUAUCGAAGUCGUAGAGGAGGAGAAGAGAUCACUACAAAAUAAACUGCGUAUGAUGGACGACCUACAGCGGCAAUUGGGUGAGGCGGAAUUGCGGAGACAGGUCCUUGAGGAAGAGCGAGACUCUUGGACUUCGUACUUGGAGGCUGAAGCCGAGACACACGGCGAGGUACUCUUCGAAACACCACAAGACCUUGCGCGGGCUUUCAUUCAAGAGCGGAUAGAGAGAACUGACCUUCUCAACCGGUUGGGCGAAAUCAAGCCAGAACUUUCGGUCAGAGAAGCAACCAUUCAAGCACUUGAGGAAGAAAAAGCCCAGCUACAAGCAGAGAUCCAGCAGCUUAAAACAGUCGGAAGUACAAGUGCAGCGAACAGCGCCGAUGCAAAGGCUCGAGCACGUCUAGAGCGACAAAAGGCCCUGGCAACCAAGGAGGUUGAGUUUCUGCGUGCUCAAGUAAAGGCCUUUGAUGAUGAAGAACGCGAAAUGCAGCCUGACACAUAUGACCAAGCAAAGUCUGAGCGGAUAAAAGAGCUCGAAGAUCUCGUAGAUCAGUACCGCAAAGAAGUCGAGACUCUACAAAAGGAGUUUAACAGUCUCGAGAAGCCCGUGUCCGCAGCAGCAGGCCAAAAGCGCUCCCUGGAGACAGACGAGAACGAGGAACGCGUCGGCGAACUACGACGAAAGAACCGAGAACUACAAGACGACUUCCACGCACUACAAAAGAAGAUGAAGAUCGUCGAGUCCGAAUACACAGCCCAACACACCCAACUUAAAAAGCUCAAAGAAUCCUCCCGCACCCGCGUCCUAGAACUAAAAUCCAACCCCACCGCCGACGCCGAAGCCCUCAAACUAAGCACCGUGCGUACCCUCCGCGAAGCAAACGCCCAACUCCUCGACCAACUCGAAAACGGCAAACAAGCUCCCUCAACCGUGCCCCUCGCCACGCUCGACGCCGCCCGCGACGAGCUCGAAGAACUCAAAGCGCAACUCGCCUCGUCGUCCAAGAAAAUCGUCCGCCUCAAGCAAAUCUGGACCGCUAAAUCCCUCGAGUUCCGCGAGGCCGUGGCAUCCAUCUUGGGCUGGAAACUCGACUUUAUGCCCAACGGGCGCGUCAAAGUUACCAGCAUGUUCAAGCCUGCGGAUGAGGAAGGGGAAAACAGUAUUGUGUUUGAUGGCGAGAAUGGGACCAUGAAGGUGAGUGGUGGGGAGCAAAGCGUUUUUGCGGGUGAGAUUCGCGAUCAGAUUGUUUAUUGGGUCGAGGGUAGGAAGGAGAUUCCAUGUUUUCUUAGUGCGUUGACGCUCGAGUUUUGGGAGCGGGGGCCGGGGGGACAGACGAUGCAUGGGUGAUUUCGUUUCGUGAUUGUUGUCGGGUUUUCCUCUGGUGGAAUAGGGAGAUUAUAUUGAAUGAUAUCCAUGUUUACUUUCUCUUUCUUCUUCCUCUUAUCUUUGAUUCUACACGACCACUUUUUUUUCUUUUACAGAUAUGGGGUUCUUCUUCUAGGACAUAUAAUCAUACCAUUCC